CCCUUGGUGACUGACCUACCAACCCUCAUCCUGCCAUGGGGAGUGGAGCUGCCAAAGGUAAAGCAUCUCCUCGAGAGGCAAGCGGAGAUGUGGGUUUGGCAGCACCAACGAUCCAGGCUGCCAUCGCUGGCAAUCAAGAAGCUCAGGACCUUUUCUUCAAGCAGCUCAACGACUUUGCAGCUGCUGGGAACAGCGGCGGCUUGAAGGCUCUCUUGCAGAAAUGGCCCAAGGCGGCACAGAAACAUGGAGCGAGGGAAGCCACCUGCGCAGCGGUGAAGCAUGGGCAGGCUGAGGCGUUGAAGGCCUUGCUAGACGAGGGGGUGAGACCUUUCAUUGGCAGGAACGAUCCUGAGGUGAAUCCGUUGAUCCAUGCGGUGGAAUUGAGAGAGUGGGAUUGCAUCGAAAUGCUGGUGCCCCGUGCUUUGAAGUACAACUUCUCCACAGGACUUUUGCAGGAAGGAAUGAUGGACUUCGUGGUAGCUGGGAAUAUCGACAUGAUGCAGAAACUACUGGUGACCCACCAAAUCCCAGGGAAUGGCAAGCUGCUUUGUGCCGCAUUGCUGCUGGGGCCGGAGGAGAAGGCGCAUGCCAUGGCCAGCGAGAUCGUAGAGCACAUCAAGGAUCUCAGCCAGCCGAGCUCUGUGGAACCCAGCGAAGAGAAGUAUCCACGGGGAUGGGAAGAGUUUGCCCCAAUCCACGCCGCCUGUCGGGCCCGAAAGGCCGCGCUGCUCCCCAACUUGUUGGAGUUCUUGCUGGGCCGCGGCGUGACGUUGUCGGAGUGGGGAAAGGAAAGGAGCCUGAAGACCAGCUUCGCGAAGCGUUUGCCGUUGCACUACGCGGCAGAGAACAAACACAUGCCGCUCAAGGUGGUGGAACAACUUGCAAAGGCCUACCCAGACGCCAUGUUCGCACACGUGAACGACAGACCUGGGCGAAAGCUCCCAUGCCAAUGUGCCAGCCAUAACGAUGAGAUGAAAGAACGCCUGGAAGAGCUCAUGUAUCAGCAUGUGUGCAGCAGCUUUGACGCUUUGGGCAAGGAUUCAGAAGGCGAGUACAUUCGCUUGAUCCGUUUAGCAUUGCUCUUCGAGAAGGUUUGCUCCCUGCCGGACACCAAGCUCAGCCGCGGGAGCCUCUCCUUCGUGGUGGAGAGCCUUCUGCCCAAGAAGCUGGAGGCUCAGGCGAGCUCGGCCGACGUGGACUUCAGCGCCGAGGCCGUGCGCUUCGCAGAGGCGAACCCGAGGGUGGACCUGGGCAGAGACUCUGCGGCCAAGGUGAAGGUCAAGAGCAUCGCAGAUAUCGGGCAGGUCUUGAAGAGUGAUUUCUGGGAGUUGCUGAAGUUAGUGGAGCAUUGUGGUGAAAUGGUGUCGGACCUUUCACAGUUCCGGCAGAUGCUUUGCUACGAGCUGGAGUCGCGGUUGAAAUGGGUGAGUCAACAAGCGCAAGCUGGGAAAAGUGAAACCUUAAGCGACCAGGUCCGCUAUGGCAUGUUCGUGUUUGCAGGGCUGAUUGCAGAGGUUCUCACGGCGCCCGCAGACGAAGAGGGUGAAGCGGGUGAAGAGAAAGGUGCUGACUCCGUCCUUUCGUCUGUGGCCAGUAGCUUUGCCUCCAGUGAGCUAUUGGAAGUCGUUGUUGCAGCCUACUGUAAGGAGCUUCAAAUUCCCAGUGCUUGGAACUUAUUGGGGAUUCUGCAGGAAGGACUGAUGGGCCAGGGAAUCAAAGCCAUUGUCUUUUCCGGCGGCGAUUUGGUGAUCAAGCAGACAAUGCUUCCAGGCAGCCCUCGCUUCGAUUGGGUGCAAGGCUUAUUCGAGAACACCUUCCUAAAGCGCUACACGCGAGAUCGAAGAGGAGGAAAAGUUCCAGAGGCCUUGGAGGUGAAGGAGCUUGAACAGGUGCUAAACUGCGGCUCCUGGGGGGAGUACGCAAACACCCGCCGCCGUGUUCAUGGUGAACUCCAAGAGCGGGGCCCCGCCUGGACGGGCACACUGCGCACCGACGAGUGCACCAAGGGCGAAGCCGCAGAGUGGUUCAAGAGCGAAGAGUAUCCCAGCGGAGUCAAUGAGCAUUGGCUGUAUCAUGGCACCUCCCAAGAAGGUGAAACUGGCAUCACCGAAGGAGAUUUCAGAUUGAAUCUCGCUGGAAGCAAUGCCGGCACCCUGUAUGGCAAUGGAGUCUAUUUGGCAGAGGCAGUUUCGAAGAGCGAUGAAUACACUACUCCUCACGGUUCCAAUGAUCUUCGCACGAUCCUGUUGUGUCUCUCAUGUUUGGGGCGAAUCAACUACAAUGACGAGCGCCGGCCGGAUGGCGACGAGCUGGCGGCUUCUUGUCAAGGUGGUGGGUAUCAUAGCAUUUUAGGAGAUCGGGAGAAGAUCCGCGGGACCUACCGCGAGAUCAUCGUUUUUGAUGAGAACUUGAUCUAUCCAGGAUACAUUUGUCGCUACAGGCGCAUUGACUAAUUGUAGAUAUGUUGUAGAUAGUGUGUUGUUGGCAGAUGUUUACAAGUGGGCUUGCAACGUGAAUUGACUGAGUCAAUCUCACAGCCUAUCCCUGAACAUGCUCCAAAGACUGGAGGAUGGUGUGGUAACUCUAUCCUUUCUCGGGACCUGUCGGAUUUUUGUGGUCCAUAAAGUAUAUGAAAGGUGGAAGUGUCAAACAAUUUGCCCUUGUCAAGGGACCAAAGGCGUCCCAUGAGUGGUGUAUUUGCCAAUGGCGAAAGAAAAAUUGCACGCACCUCCCGAUGCGUCCCAUGCGGUCUAUCCUACUCACCAACUCCAUGUCACUUGCAGUGAAUCCAUAAUAGAUCAUGAGAUCAUAUUUUGCGUUUAUAUAAGUGAUUCAAUUUGGUUUUCACUCUUCGACACAUACCUGCUGAAAGGCAGCAGACGCAGCCUUUCCCUGCUACAAAGAGCAUUACCGCCGGCCAAACAGAAAAUACACAUGGUUGGUGGUCUCCCCUCUUUAAUUCACCCCUCUUACGCCUGUUGCU